UUGAGUUGAUUCAUACUUCCUGCAAGUUAUCUUCAGUGUAACUGUCAACCACAGAGGGAACGACUGCAAGCAUCUUCCUGAUUCUAGGCAUGAGUCGACAUUUGCCGUUAUUCCUGCUGUUCUUCCUCCUGUCGUUGGUUCCAAAUGGAUGGUGUCAAAAAGAAGAGGUUUGCUCCAAGUCCAUAAUAAACUCCUGCAAUGACUGUGUCACAUCUGGGCCGUACUGUGCUUGGUGCCAACAGCUGAAUUUUACCAAAGCUGGUGAGCAAGAGGCGGCACGCUGUGAAACCCAAGCUAAGCUGAGGGAACGAGGUUGCCGUGAAGAAGAAAUCAUCUACCCUGCAAGUGUUCAACAAAUUGUGAAGGCAGAAUCUUUGUCCAAUUCAUUCAACAUGCAAGAGCCUGUUCAGUUGAGUCCACAGAAGAUAAGUCUCAAACUGCGACCUGGGCUUCCAACCACAUUCAGCGUUUCGUUUAAAAGAGUUGAGGGUUAUCCAGUUGAUCUCUACUACCUGAUGGACCUGUCUUUCUCCAUGAGAGAUGACUUAGAAAAUGUUAAAGGACUGGGGAAGGAUCUUUUGGCUGCGCUAAAUAAAAUUACUCAACAUGCUCAAAUUGGUUUUGGUGCCUUUGUUGAUAAGACUGUCCUUCCAUACACAAACACCAACAAGAACAAGCUGCAGAAGCCGUGUGAUGAGAAUUAUGAGUGUCAAGCUUCGUUUGGCUAUCGGCAUGUGCUUAGUAUGACGCCAAGGAGUGACGAGUUCAGAAACGUGGUGACAGCGCAGUCCAUUUCUGGGAACUUGGAUUCUCCUGAAGGGAGUCUUGAUGCCAUGAUGCAAGCGGCUGUAUGUGGGAGUAAAAUAGGUUGGAGGAACAGUAGCACUCGACUACUUGUGCUGGCAACGGAUGAUGGAUUCCAUAUGGCCGGAGAUGGAAAACUGGCGGGCAUUCUGGAGCCAAAUGAUGAGCAGUGUCACAUGACAAACAACCUGUACACCAAGACCAACCUGAUGGACUACCCAUCUGUUGGUCAACUCGCGAUGCAGUUGGAAGAAAACAAUAUUCUACCAAUCUUUGCUGUGACAAAAGAUGUGGAAAACAUGUACAAGCAACUUUCGAAGAUGAUUCCAAAAUCUGAGGUGGGAGUUCUGUCGCACGAUUCGAACAAUGUUGUCCAGUUGAUUGAAAGUGCAUACAAUAGGUUGUCCUCCAAAGUUACCCUAACCCACGAUAAUCUGCCUGAAAAUGUAAGAGUUGUCUACACCCCGCGAUGUGAAGACGCACGACAAGAAGGGGACAACAAGGGAGUUUGUGACAACGUCCUUGUGGGACAGAAGAUAUCUUUCGACGUGACAGUAACAGCAGACGCGUGCAUUAACAACAAGUCAUUCUCUAUCAGACCACUUGGUAUUAAAGACACGUUGACAGUGGAAUUAUCCACAAACUGUGAGUGUCAAUGUAAGAACCCCAGUGAAAGUGAACACCCACAUUGCGGGGGCAAGGGAAGAAUCAGCUGUGGAAUUUGCAGUUGCAGUCAAGGCUUCGUGGGUCAGUUCUGUGAGUGCUCCAUUCGCAACAAGGACGAGCCUACCCAGAGGUCUUCCUGUCAGAGGGAGAAAGGCAUCGACUGUGAGGGUCGAGGAGAUUGUGUGUGUGGCAGAUGCCAGUGCCACACCACAGCAAGUGGAAGCAGUUACCACGGUGACUUCUGCGAAUGUGACGACGAACAUUGUGAAAAGUUCCAGAAUAGAUUAUGUGGAGGAAAUGGUAGGUGCAACUGUGGCCAAUGUGAAUGCUACCCAGGCUUUGAUGGCUCAGCAUGCCAAUGCACCGUGUCAGAGGAGGGGUGCCGUACCCUGAACAACACCAUUUGCUACGGCAGAGGGAUCUGCAAGUGCAACCGUUGCGAGUGUAAAGACGGAUACCAGCGUCCACAUUGUCAGACAUGUCUUGGUUGUCCUGACCCGUGUCAAAUCAAACUAAAUUGCAUCGAAUGCCUCGGCUUUGACUCGGGUCCCUUCAAAAAGAACUGCAGUCUGGUGUGCGGAGAGAGCGUUUUGCAUGACAUGGUGGAUCAGUUCACCUUUUCGAGUAAACAGUGCAAGGAAAAGGACGUGGAAGGCUGCUGGAUCAAAUUCAAACUGGAUCAGCUGGUUGGAAUUGACAGGUACAGGGCUGAAAUUCUCAAACAGAGAGAAUGUCCAGAACCACCUAACGUCUUGGCCAUCAUCGUAGGCUCCAUUGCAUCAGUGGCUCUCAUUGGCAUCGUGUUGUUAUUGCUUAUCAAGUUACUCAUCUACAUGAAGGACCUGAAAGAGUUCAGGAAGUUUGAAAAUGAAAAGAAGAAAUCCAAGUGGGCAGAGGCGGACAAUCCACUGUUCAAGAAUGCCACCACCACUGUGGCCAAUCCAACCUUCACUGGAGAGUGAGCACUUUUGCAGCACUGCCAACAGAACAGGAGUUGCAUUACCAUCUCAACUCGAAAAUUAACUUCAAGCGUAAAUAUAUUUCUUUUUGGCACAAGAUUUGAAAAGUCGUUUCUAAUGUCUCUUUUUUAAUGUUCUUUAUUAUGUCUACUUUCAAAAUAAACAAUGUCCUGUUCAUUCCUA